GACAGGUUCACCUAGUUAGAAAUCAAAUUAUGGAAUUUUGUCCAAAGUGUAAUUUUUGAUCUACAAUUUUAUAAAUGGGAUUUUUAUUUUGUAUUUUAAUACUUUAAUGUAACACGCGAGGAAAUUAUUUCAUCAGAAUUAUUUUGAAAUUAAAACAGUUUUAUGAUUAAAAUGGAAAAACCUUGCAUCAUCACAACUUCACAACUUUAAAAUAUUGAAUUGGUAAUUCCAAAAAGUCAUUACAAAUAAGAGUUACAGAAUGAUUAUAAUUCAGUUUUUGUGUAGAAUUGGAAACUUAUCUAACAAUCACAAUGACAGGACCAGCACCUAUUUGUGAUUGUUGUUUUCCUGGUCAGGAGACUUCCUUUGUUACAUUAAAAAAUGAUAAAAGAAGAAUAGAAGAUGUAGAAGUUGGUGAUGAAGUUAAAGUCAUUACAGAUCAGUUAGAAUUUAGAUACUCCAGAGUCUAUGCUCUGGGUCACAAGAAUAAAGAUAGAAAGACUAUGUUUAUUGAAUUAGGAACCGCGAGUAGUCGAAUACCAAUCAGUCCACGACAUUUCAUAAAAAUUUACGACAAUGGAAAUAUUAUUGAAAAAUUUGCUAAAGACGUGAAGGUAGGAGAUACCUUAUUGAUUGAUAAUAACGACCAGUUAGUAGAAGAACCUGUUCUGGAAAUAGAUCACGUUGAAGCUCAAGGACUGUAUGCACCUUUUACUGAAGAAGGAAACAUAAUUAUUAACAAUGUUGUUGCAAGUUGCUACGCUGAGGUGAAAUCAUCCCUUGCCCAUAAAUUACUUUCACCUAUAAGAGGUCUUAGCAGAUAUUUACCAACACCUAUCAUGGAUCUUGUCAUGACUCCAAACAAUGAUGGAGUUCCAAUGGUGUUUGAUGCUACACUGAAUGUUGCUCAUCCUUUAGUUGCAGAAUAAAGUAAAGCAUAAUGGCUUUGUAUAAUGAUAUGUCUAGAUUAAAGAAAUUUUAAACGUU